CGCUUGGACCUUUAAAUCCCCGCUGCACGCCUCGGAGAGAAGGGCGCCUAUUUUAGCCUUUUUCGUGCCCUUUACUCCUUACCCAUGAGUGCCAAGGCCAUUAAAGGGCGCCAGUGAGGUGGUGUGAAAACUCCUGACCUGCCUGCUAUCAAGGAAUCAUGGCUUACUUUGAGAUCAGCCCCGGCCAGAAGCAGCGGCAGCACGCAGCAGCAGUGGCAGCAGCAGCAGCGGCUGAGGAGGUGCCAGUGCUGCGGCUCACCCACUUCACACAUCCUCCCAAGCUGUGCUUUGAGAGGGUCAAGCUGGGCACCUCCUGCCGCCGACGCCUCCGUGUUCUCAACCCCAAGGACCAGACUCAGCGGAUCAUCUGCGAGAGGUUCCCCAAGGCUGAGACAGGGUUUGCAUGGGAGGAAGAGUUGCUGGUGCUGGAGCCAAGCCAGAGCGUUGAGAUUGAGCUGUGGUGGACCCCGACACAGGAGGGUGGGGCCAGGGAGACGGUGCUGUGGCGGACGGACAUUGGUGUACGCGCCCAGACUGUCCUCAUUGGCUCCUGUGUUGAUCCCAGGCCUAAAAAGAGAGGGCGUGGCCGGGCUCCUCUCAGGCCCCAGAACACAAACGUAGCCCCAUCUCGCCCAAGGACCAAGCCUGUCAAAGCCGUUCCUGCCCCGCCACUCCUUAACCGGGGCAGCCGAGGCAAUGGUAGCCAUGGAAAUGCUGAAAAUAGACCCCCAAGACCUUCCCAGGCUCCCUUAUUUGACAAUGGGGGGGUUAUGCCAAAAUGUUUUAACUUCGCCAAAACUCUGCCUGCUACUAAGACGACAUCCAGAGCCAGCGUGGGCCCACAAGUACUUCAGCCACUUAACAGGCAGGGCAGCAACAACAACACCCUGCCUGCCCACCGAGUUACCAGCACGCCCGUCACCUCUGCUGAACCCCUCAACAACCUCUCCCUCUCCUCUGUUGAGUCAGAACAGCUAGUCUCUAUCUCCUCCACAUCCUCCUCCUCUACCACCACCACCACCAGGACGGGGAACCAUCAUGUCAUGUGGAAGGACUCUGUGGAGGUGCAGGAGGUGGUGGAAGUGGAGUAUCAGGAGCAGGUGGAGUAUCAGGAACAGGUGGAGUACCAUUGGUCUACUGAACAGGUGGAAGAGUUCUCUCGUCCACCAGCGUGCCGCCAGACAUUUACUGGCCGAGGCAUGGCUCCCCCACCCCCACCGGAUGCUCAUAGAUGGGUGGAGGAGGUGGACACAUGUUCAUCACGCCGGGAGACAUUCACCGCCCUCAGCAUGGCUCCCCCGCCUCCCCCAGAGGCUCACAGACGGGUGGAGGAAGUGGAUGCACGCCGCCAGACCUUUACUGCCCACAGCAUGGUCCCCCCACCCCUCCCAGAGGCUCAGGCAGAGGUGGAGGAGGUGGGUGCCUGCUCAUCACGCCGCCAGACCUGUGUGCCAACAGCUGCACCACAGGAGACCUUCCGUGAGGUGAAAGGGGACGCCCUGCCCACCUGUCCCCUCCCCAACACCCCCCUGCGCCGCCAGACCUACGUGGCAGUGCCCCCAGAGGUCUUCAGCCCUGUGGUGGGGGGGCACCUCCCUGCCUGUGAGGUGGAAGCUUCUCCAAUGAGGCGCCAGACUUUCAUCAAGGACCAGCAGUGUGCCCCGUCACCCCCCUCACCGCUGUACCAGACGUCCUCCCAUCGCCCCCUGCCCCUCAGCCCCGAGACACCCUGCCUCCAGCACCCGGCCUUCACCCCCCGCGCUGCCUCCCCCUCCCUCAGCCAGCUCCUGGACCGGGUGUCACUGGAGGUGUCCCCCGCCACCCCGCUGCCCCAGCCCCGCCGGGGGAGCCUCGCUGCCUUCAUGGCCAGCUGCCAGGACCUGCUAGAGAGGCUGGACAACAGCAACCUUCUCCACACGCCCCGGGAGGCUUCCCCCGGGGCCGAGGCAGAGGAGGAGGAGGAAGAAGAGGAGGAGGUGAUGUGCACUGCCCCCACCACACCCAUGACUGCCCCUGCCACACCUGCCUCAGAGUACGAGAGUGCCCCCAGCACACCUCCAUCCCCCCCACACCAGGAGAAUUUUAACAUCACCCAGGAGUUCCCCACACCCAAGAUUGGGGGCAUGGCCGGCCACCUUGAACACUCCUCGUUCCUGGAGAGCCAGGAGGACACACUGUCCCUCCAGGCCUCCCCCGAGCAGGUGUCCCCGAGCCGGCUGAGCAGCGGCACUAUCACCAUGGAGACGUCCAUCCUCCACCCCUCGGACCUCAUCACCGUGCACACACCACCUGGCCCACCCUCACCACACACCACCACACACCCUGCAGCUCCUCCCACAUCACCCAGUGAUGCCACACACACCCUCCUCCCCACCACACACUCACCGUACCAGAGUGAGGCUCUCAGUGAGCUCCUGAUGUACAAAGUCUCACCUUCCUCCCCCUUGCAAGACACCCUGGGAGGAGAGACUUUCUCCCCCAUUAAGGGCGAGAUCACCCUGGGAGCAUUCGCUUUCUCCCCAACGCACAACCCAAGGAGAUGCUCGACAGGGGUGAAGGAGGCGCCCCCAGAGGAAUUACGGCGUCUGUCAGACAAGGGACGGCAGCUGAUCUUCGAGGACCCUGAACACUGGAAGAAGUCUUCACUCUCAGCUUCCCUCACCACCUCCAGCCUGCUCUCAGAGGGUCUGGGGUAUCAGGCACUGAGUACCAUUGAAGAGGAGGAGACCCAAGGCACAUUUAUCAUCAGUAAGAACCCCCAACACCACCAGAACAGCCUGAACUUUGGCCCCCAUGCACCACCACCACCACUACCAUCACUACCCACAUUGAACAAGACUCAUGACCUGCCUCGCCCUACCACUGCAUUGCCUUCUGAAGAACCUAACUCUCCCACCAGGCCUUUAGAGCACCCACAGUCUCCUAUCACACAUGCAGAACAGCCCCAUUCACCCACACACGCUGACCCCACAGACACACCACAGUCCCCUACCCCCACAGCCUCCCAAAGCAGUUCUGAUCACCUCCACACCUCAGAAUGGGGUGAAAUGGCAUCAACCACUUCACAAACAGGCAGCCCCAAGUCACCCCAAGCCACAGACCCCAACGAGAAAGGUAAAGGGGGUCUGAUAUUCAUACAGAUCUCCCCUGGGGGCUGUAAACGGCCACCAGAGGGACCCACUAAAGAUUCAGUGCCCAAGAGGAGCCGUGUCACCCCAACCUCCGCCACAGCCCCAGCACCGGUUCCCCCGAAAGGCUUCCGUGCUGGCCCCGUCCCCCGCAGACCCACUGUGGUCGUCACCCGCAAGCACAGUCCCCCCAAGAGUUCCGUUUCUGGGGCUGGUGGUGUGAGAGGAAGGCCCAGAGCAGCCCCACAACCUCCAGGCACAUCAGGAGCAAGAAAGAGCACAGCUGGACUAAAGAAGGCAGCCUCUAACCCCAACCUCCAUGCCCCUAAACCUGCACCCACCCCAUCCACCUCCCCUUCCACAAAGCACAACCACUCCACAGCCUCCCUAUCCACUUCCUCCACUGCCACCUCCAAGCUUUCCAAGUCAAAAUCCUCCUCCUCCCUAUCCGCAUCCUCUUCCUGCUCCUCUUUAUCCUCCUCCUCCUCCAUCGUGAGUCACCCGCCAGCCCCCAGCAAGGCCGAGAGAGUGAAGAAGGGAGGGCGUAGAAGCACCGGUGCCCCUGCUCUCCCCCGCCCUGCCUCCUCCUCUGCUCAGCCUCUUGCCCGCCUCACCCUCAUCAAGGCGGCCAAGACAAGUAUUGUGCAUCACCCGAAUCCAUUUGCCGCCAAGAACAUGUUCUAUGAUGACCGCUGGAUGGAUAAGCAGAUUGCCGGCUUCACCAAGUGGCUCAAUUUCAUCCUGACCCCACCGGAGGAUGAGGAUGUGGCUUCCAAGGUCAAGAAAGUGGAUUUGGGUAAGCUGUGGUCCGAGGCUGUCAAGAGGAAGGGCAUCCCCGCAGCUCCCACCAAGGAGGCGCUGUCCCUACGCUCCUACUCAGCCCGCUGCCGCCUCAACCACCUGCGGAGGAAGGCUUGCGUGUUCUUCCAGCGCGAGGAGAACAUCAAAGUGGUGGCCAGGCUGGAGAAUGCCAUCGACCGGGGCUACCUGACCAUACGAGAGGACAGGUUAACGCACGCUGACCUAGGUCUAAAACAGCAAAUGCUUCAACUGGCGCUGUGCUACAACCCGCUGUGGCUGCGUGUGGGCCUGGAGACAACCUACGGGGAGCUGCUUCACCUCAACAGCAAUAGUGACAUGACCGGCAUCACACACUUCAUCAUUACCAGGCUCCUCAACAACCCGGACAUCGCCGCAGCUCACGCCCACCCCACUGUGCCUCACUCCUACCGACCCGGGUAUGAGGCAGCUAUUAAGGCCUUCCAGCUCAAAAAGUUCCUCCUUCUGGUCUUCUUCCUUGACAAUGCGAAGGAGGCUCGGCUCAUCGACCAUGACCCUUGCCUCUUCAGGAAGGAGGCAGAACAUAAGGCCAGCCGCGACAUCCUGGUGGAGUUUGCGCGGCACUUCCUGCAGGGCAUCGGGGACAUCACCAAGCACCUCGCCCACCUCGGCUACAAGGUCACCCACCGCCAGUCCUUCCUCGAUGAAUUUGAUUUUGCCGUCACCAACCUCCCCACUGACCUACGUUGUGGAGUGCGCCUGGCCCGCGUCGUGGAGGUCCUGACAGGCCAGUACACGCUGAGCCGCCAGCUGCGUGUGCCUUCCGUCAGCCGCCUCCAGAAAGUUCACAACACAGAAGUGGCACUGGCAGCCCUCACGCAUGCCGGCUGCAGCACUAGCAAUGUAGCCGCCAAGGAUAUUGUGGAUGGGCACCGCGAAAAUACCCUGGCACUGCUCUGGGCUAUCAUCUUCAAGUUCCAGGUGAGCAUUCUGGUGAAGGAGGAACGUCUUCAGGAGGAAUUCAAACACCUCCGUCGUUCCCUGGAGGUGCGAGCACAGCUUGACGAGGCAGCACGGGCCGGCCAGGAGGCAUUGACCGAGCAGGAUACUGGUGAAGCAGUUACAGCAGGGAGCGAACAAAGUGUGCUGGCUAACCUAAAGCUGUGGGCGGCCCUGACCUGUGCUCAUUAUGGUGUGGAGGUGGAGAACUUGACCGUGUCCUUCUCCGACGGGCGUGCUCUGUGCCUGCUGCUGCACCACUACUACCCCGACCUGCUGCCCCGUGACCUCAUCAUCUGGGAGACCACACAGAACAUCACCACUCAGGAGAUCAACCCUGAUGUGUCCAUGGAUGACAGUUUCUACGAGAUGACCUACAACGACAGCACUACCAGGGAGCUCCACACCGCACGCCUAGCCAAUGAUCGGGCCAACUUUACCCUGUUCAUGGACAAGAUUUCCCAGCUGGACCGAGUGCCUCUUCUUCUACGUUCAGCCGACACUGUCAACACCAUCCCCGACGAACGUGUCACGGCAACGUUCCUGGCCCACCUCUGCGCCCGCCUCCUGGACCUCACUGCUGAGAACAAGGCAGCCAGGGUUCUGCAAGUGGCCUGGCGCAAGAAGAUGGCACAGCGCCGCCUGCAGGAGCUGAAGGCACGGACAGGCGCAGCCACAGUGGUGCAACGGUGGUGGCGGCAGCUUCUCUACGCCCGCCGCCUCACAGAAUACAACAGGGCCGCCAUGGUUCUGCAGACCCACUGGCGCCGGUACUGUGCCACCCGCCUCCUGCAGAGACUCAAGAGGCAGAGACUGGAGCAGAGACAGCACUGUGCAGCCACCACCAUCCAGCGCUUCGUCAAGACCCAGCUGACUCGUCGACACUUCGUGCAGCAACGCAAGGCAGCUUUGAUUCUCCAGGCAGCCUUCAGAGCACAGCGGCAGCGUGGCACCUUCCUGAGAACGAGAGGAGCCGCCAUCACACUGCAAAGGCGCUGGCGGGCAAGGGUGGCACAGCAGCAGCUAAUGGCAGUGCAAGAAAAAGCCGCCUUGACCGUACAGCAUCACUUCCGCGGGUGGGUGAGGCGGAGGCACUACCUGGCCCUGCGUCACAGUGCCAUAGUCCUGCAGGGUCACACGAGGGCCUGGCUGGAGGGGCGGAGGGUCAGGAGGGAGUUCUUGGCCACCAGACACGCAGCCGUCACCAUACAGCAUGCGUACAGGACCAAGCGAUGCCGCACGUUGUACAGGGAACAGCAAAAGGCGAUCACUCUCCUACAGGCUCAGAUCCGGGCAUGGCUGGCACGCCGAGCCUUCCUGCAGCAGCGGGCAGCAGCCACCACCCUGCAGAGGCACUACAGGGCUCUCCUACUCAGCAGACAGACUCACGCAACCUACCAGGCCACCCGAAGAGCCACCAUCAUUCUUCAGGCAGCUGUGAGGGGACACUUUGCCAGAAAACACAUCAGGACUCAGCACAUGGCCGCCACUAUCAUCCAAACUUGGUGGCGCUGUAGGGCGGCCAGGCGGACAUUUAUAACCAAAAGAUACGCCGCUGUGGUUAUCCAGCAGAGCUUCAGAGCCACAAUGAGGGCCAGAGCAGAGCGGCAGGCAUACCUGGAGACCCGAAGAAAUGUCGUAGUGCUGCAGGCGGCCACCCGGGGCUAUUUGGUGCGCCGGCGGGUGACGAGGAUGCACGAGUCUGCGGUUGUCAUCCAGAGCGCCUGGUGGCUCUACUGCCAGAAGAAGGCCUUUGAGCAGAGGCGUCUAGCAGCAACUCUAACCAUACAACGGGCUUACAGGGGCAUGCUGAAGACCAGAGAAGUACACCAACAAUACCAGUCAAUCAGGAAGGCCGUCAUUGCCCUACAGGCCUACACACGAGGCUUCCUAACUCGCAAGGAAGUCGAGAGGCAGAACACAGCAGCUCUCACCAUACAACAGGCUUACAGAGGCAUGCUAAAGACCAGGGAAGUGGAGCAACAAUACCAAUCCACCAGGAAGGCCGUCAUUACCCUACAGGCCUACACACGAGGCUUCCUAACUCGCAAGGAAAUAGAGAGGCAGAACACAGCAGCUCUCACCAUACAACAGGCUUACAGGGGCAUGCUGAAGACCAGGGAAGUAAAGCAACAAUACCAAGUCACCAGAAGGGCUGUCAUUAUCUUACAAGCCUACACACGAGGCUUCAUAACUCGCAAGGAAAUUAAUAGGCAGAACACAGCAGCUCUCACCAUACAACAGGCUUACAGAGGCAUGCUAAAGACCAGGGAAGUAAAGCAACAAUACCAAGCCACCAGGAAGGCCGUCAUCACUUUACAGGCCUACACACGAGGCUACCUAAUUCGCAGGGAAAUUGAGAAGCAGGUCACAGCAGCUAUCACCAUACAGAGAGCUUACAGAGGUAUGAUCAAGACCAGGGAAGUGGAGCAACAAUACCAAGCCAUCAGGAAGGCCAUUAUAACCCUACAGGCCUACACACGAGGCUUCCUAUCACGCGGGGAUAUAAAGAAACAGACCACGGCAGCCAUCACCAUACAGAGGGCUUACAGGGGAAUAUUGAGGACAAGAGAAGCUGUGACAGACUACCAAGCUACAAGGAAGGCUGUCAUUAUUUUGCAGACCUACACACGAGGCUACUUAGUUCGCAGGGAAAUUAAGACACAGAAUAAUGCUGCCAUAACCAUACAGAGGGCAUAUAGGGGCAUGCUGAAGACCAGGGAGGCAAGGGAACAGUACCAAGCUACUAGAGAGUUUGUCAUUACCCUACAGGCCUACACAAGGGGCUUCCUAACUCGCCAAGAAAUAAAGAGGCAGACCGCAGCAGCCAUCAUCAUUCAGAGAGCCUACCGUGGUAUGUGCAUCACCAGAGAGACAGAGGCAGAGUACCAGGCCACCAGGAGGGCUGCCACCACCCUCCAGGCCCACACCCGCAGAUGGUUGGUCCAGAGGAAUGUAGAGAGGCAGAGGAAUGCAGCUCUCACCAUCCAGGCAGCCUACCGGGGAAUGUUGAGGACCAGGGAAGCUGUGACAGACUACCAAGCCACCAGGAAGGCUAUCAUUACCCUACAGGCCUACACACGAGGCUUCCUAACUCGCAGGGGAAUGGAGAGGCAGACCAGAGCAGCCAUCACCAUCCAGGCAGCCUACAGGGGAAUGUUGAGGACCAGGGAAGCUGUGACAGACUACCAAGCCACUAGAAAAGCCAUUAUUAUCCUACAAGCUUACACACGAGGCUUCCUAACUCGCAGAGAAAUGGAGAGGCAGACCAUGGCAGCCAUCACCAUACAGAGGGCUUACAAGGGAAUGUUGAGGACAAGAGAAGCUGUGACAGACUACCAAGCUACAAGGAAGGCUGUCAUCAUUAUGCAGACCUACACACGAGGCUACUUAGUUCGCAGGGAAAUUAAGACACAGAAUAAUGCUGCCAUAACCAUACAGAGGGCAUAUAGGGGCAUGCUGAAGACCAGGGCUUAUAGAGGCAUGCUGAAGACCAGAGAGGUGAGGGAACAAUACCAAGCCACCAGAACUGCCAUCAUAACACUACAGGCCUACACACGAGGCUUCCUAACUCGCAGGAGCAUCAAAACACAAAAUAAUGCUGCAAUAACCAUACAAAAGGCUUAUAGAGGCAUGCUGAAGACCAGAGAGGUGAGGGAACAAUACCAAACCACCAGAACUGCCAUCAUAACACUACAGGCCUACACACGAGGCUUCCUUGCUCGCAAGGAAAUUAAGACACAGAAUAAUGCUGCUGUGACCAUACAGAGGGCUUACAGAGGAUUACUUAGCACCAGGGAAGCAGUGGCAAGCUACCAAGCCACCAGGAAGGCCGCCAUAACACUACAGGCCUACACACGAGGUUACUUUGUUCGGCGCGACAUCCAGAUACAAAAUAACGCAGCUCUCAUAAUACAGAGAGCCUACCGAGGAAUGCGCCAGACUCAGGAAGCUACAGCCCAGUACGCUAUCACUAAGAGGGCUGCCAUAACCAUUCAGGCAUAUGUGAGGUGCUGGCUAUCAAGACGGCACUUCCUGAGGCUGAGGUGCAGUGCCAUCACCAUACAGAGACAUGUCCGAGCCCUCCAGGUAGGCAGGGAGGCCAGGGCGGAGUAUGAACUGGAUCGCUGGAGGGUAACCCAAGCCCAGGCGGUUGUGCGAGGGUUCCUUGUGAGACAGCAGCUGAGGAGAAAGCAUGAAGCUGCAACAAAAAUCCAGGCGUGUUUGCGUUCCUUCCUGGCCCACAAGAAGUUCCUGUGCCUCCGCCUGACUGUUAUGCGCAUGCAGCGACGCUACCGACACCGCAAGCUGGCGCGCAUCACCCGAGAAAUAUACCUUAUAAAGCGCACUGCUGCAGUCACCCUCCAAGCUGCCAUCCGUGGUUUCCUGGCCAGACAGCAGCUGAAACACAAACACGCAGCUGCUGUGACGAUCCAGGCUGCCGUGCGCUGCUGGGUGGCUCAGCGGAGGUAUUCCAGAAUGCACCGCAGUGUCACAGUCCUGCAGGCACACUGGAGGGCCACCAUCGCCAUGUGGCACCAACACGAGGCUUACCAUGUCCUGCGAGGGGCCGCCAUCUGCACACAGGCUGCUUGGAAGGGGCGUGUGGUGAGACAGCAGGUCCAGACUUGGCACAGGGCAGCCACUGUCAUCCAGGCACACACUCGUGGGUUUUUGCAGCGCAGGAAGUACAACAGGAUUAGGACGAGUGCCAUUGUGGUGCAGCGAUGGUGGCUUGGCAUCCUGCAGACCGGAUAUUGCCGGCUGGAGUUCCUGGCCAAGAGGGACUCGGCGCUCAUCCUCCAAGCGGCUGUGAGGGGCCUCCUGGUGCGCCGCAGGGUUCAGAGGAUGCGUCAGGCAGCGGUUACACUACAGAGGCACUGGAGGAAGAGGCUAACCCACAAGAGGCAGAUGGAAGCAGAACUGGAGAAAGAAAGAGAAGAACACAGACGCAAGAUUGAGGCUGUGCUGAUAAUACAGAAGCGCUGGAGGAAACUACUGAUUCACAAGAGACAGAUGGAAGCAGAACUGGAGAAAGAAAGAGAAGAACACAGACGCAAGAUUGAGGCUGUGCUGAUAAUACAGAAGCGCUGGAGGAAACUACUGAUUCACAAGAGACAGAUGGAAGCAGCGCUGGAGAAAGAGAGAGAAGAAAGAGAACACAGACGCAGGAUUGAGGCGGUAAUGGUGCUUCAAAGACACUGGAGGAGAAGGCUGAUCCACAAGAAACAGAUAGCACAAGAGAGGGAGAGAGAAGAAAGAGAACACAGACGUAAGAUUGAGGCUGUAAUGGUGCUUCAAAGACACUGGAGGAGAAGGCUGAUCCACAAGAAACAGAUAGCACUAGAGAAGGAGAGAGAAGAUAGAGAGCACAGACGCAAGAUUGAGGCUGCGGUGAUGAUACAGAGACACUGGCGUAAAAGACUGGCCCGCAAGAGACAAGUAGAAGCAGCACUGGCGAAGGAGAGAGAGGAACAGAGGCGCAUGGAGGCCGUACUAGUGCUACAGAGGCGCUGGCGUAGUGCGUGUCUUGCCCUCCACACACGGGAACACUUCAUAUACCUACGCCGCGCUGCCAUCAUAUUCCAGACAGCGUGGCGGGCAAGACAGGCCAGGAUGAGGGUCAAGCGCACGAAGGCAGCCGUCAUCACCAUACAGGCCUAUGUGCGUGGAUGGCGUGUGCGUCGGGAGACACGGCUGAGCCAGAGACGGCUGUACCUUGAGCAGGUGACGAGGGUGGCCAAGGUGCACCUGGCCACCAUAGCGAUCCAGCGCUGGUACAGGAGGAGGAAGGCUUUGCUCCGAGGCCAGGCGGCACUGUGGGCUGUGAGGCGGCUGCAGGGCUGGGUGAGGACAUGCAGGGCCAGGGCAGCGUUCCUGGCACAGCGGCGGGCAGCCAUCACAAUACAGAGAGCUUGGCGCCUACGGAUGCAGGCACGGAAUGAGGCCAAACGUACCCAUGCUGCAGUUGUCCUCCAGGCAGCAUGGCGGGGGAGAGUCGUGCGGCAGCGGCAGCAGAAAGAGACAAAAGGGCUGGCUGGGAAGGUGCGGGAGAGGCUGGAGGUGGCCACCCAGAAGGCAACAGAGGAGGGUCGGAUCGGACGCCGCACCAAGGCCGCGAUCAUACAGCUAUUGCACUCCAGAAACAUUAGGACAAUACUGGCAGCUGUGAUGUGUUUAGACACCAGCACACGAUGGUCACCACAGUGCUGCGAAAACGUGGUGUCAAUGGGCGCACCAAACGUCCUGAUGCAGCUGAUGUGCUCCGCCAACCGCUCCCUCCCAUACCUGCAAAUUAUCAACUUUAUCCUCAGUGUCUUCCUCAACCUUGCUAAGUACCCCCCCACAGCCCCCUCCAUCCACCAGCACAAUGACCUGGUGCCCAACGUGAUGCAGCUGCUGACCAUGUCGUCGGCCAAGAUCCCCGGCAUCUUCAGCAAGGGGUGCACCUUACUUUACGUCCUGGCCGCCUCCAACCCCCCUCUUGCGGAGGUGCACAGCUCUAAGGUAAUCGACGAGCUGAAAAGCAUCCACAAAGUUGUCCUGCGUCGCCACAUCGCCCCAACCCGGAACCAGCGUCAGCCCAGGCAGCCCCGACCCCUCCCUGCAAGUAGACGGCCAGCCACCUUGCCAGACUGGAACAUGCGACCAGGCCUGGAUAGAGAGUUCCAGGAGCCUCUGCCGGCCAUUAUCACCCUUCUGGCCUUCCUCACACAGGAGUAAAGGAGGUGGCUGUAGGGAGGAGGAGGGUUGCUAGAGGAGACUUAGGGUAACAUCCAUCUUCUUCUUUUCCUCCUGCUCCUCUUCUCCUCCUCCUUCCCAUUCACUGUCCCAUUUCCAGGCUUUCCUUUCAUGUUUUUUUCAUUUUUAUUAUCAGGAAGUUGACUUUAUGUAUUCCUCCUACCCCUUCCUCCAUCUCAUCUUCCCAUCCACUGUCCAUAUCAGAUCUGACCCUUCUCUUCCCUCCACAUUAUUUUAGGAAACCAACUUUUUAUGCUUUGUGAAUCAUUUUUAUUGUUUUUUCGGACUUUUAUCGUAUGAAGGAGAGGUCUGUGUACAUAGAUGUGUAUUUUAUCUGUUAUUCUUUGAUUUCCUCGUUUUUAUAAGUACAAAAUCACCAGUUAGUGGGUUCCAAAUAUGUCUGCAGUAUUUUGUAUUCUCACUUCUAAGGAGAGUGUAAUGAGGUAUUAGUAGCGUAUAACAAUUAAGUAAUUCAUUUUGUUUUAUGUAUUAGUGUUUUUUUUUUUUUUUUUUUUUUUUUUUUCGUGUCCAUAAGAAGUUUUAACAAAUCUUUUAAGUUUAUACAUGAAGGAAAAUUAUCACCAUUGUAUUCAUUUGUAAUUUAUUUUUAGAUAAUUUUAUUUUGAAUUGGGGUCACUCCCUGUGCUGUGUUUGUCCCCUUUUCUGUUCUAUCUAUCUAUCUAUCUAUCUCUUAUUACAUCUGUCUGUUUUGCUUGUUUUGUGUUGCUUUGUGAGUGUAUGCGUAUGUGUGUGCCUGUAAAGAUCUCAUAUCCAAACCUUCACACACACAUUCCAUAACUAUAAUUCCUUCGUGUUAACUAUUUCCAUCGUUACUAUUUUGCCUUUCCAUGACACACAUUUAUAUAUACAUUGUUUUAAUGCUUUUUUAUAUUUUCUUCAGUAUCAAGUGAAAUAUAGAUCCCUUAAAAAUUAUGAUCUAGGGCUGUAUUACAAGUUCAAUCCGAGAAGUUUCGAGUCCCUACAGAGUUCGGGAUAAAUAACUAUGUAGGGACCCGAAACUUCUUGGAUUCGACUUUUAACCCAGUGGCAGCAGUGAUCAUGUUUCUUAAUGGUCCCUCCAAGUGAGAAAAAUGAGAAAAAAAUCACCCCUCACACAAACCAUUUCAUAAUAUAUAUCAAAGCAUUUGUGAUCAGAUUAUGUAUCAUCUAUUUUGGGGGGUUUAUAUCAUGGCACAAAUUUGGCCCGUUGCUGCUACACGGUAAAGCCACAAAUUUGGCCCGUUGCUGCUACACGGUAAAGCCACAAAUUUGGCCCGUUGCUACACGGUAAAGCCACAAAUUUGGCCCGUUGCUGCUACACGGUAAAGCCACAAAUUUGGCCCGUUGCUGCUACACGGUAAAGCCACAAAUUUGGCCCGUUGCUGCUACACGGUAAAGCCACAAAUUUGGCCCGUUGCUGCUACACGGUAAAGCCACAAAUUUGGCCCGUUGCUGCUACACGGUAAAGCCACAAAUUUGGCCCGUUGCUGCUACACGGUAAAGCCACAAAUUUGGCCCGUUGCUGCUACACGGUAAAGCCACAAAUUUGGCCCGUCGCUGCUACACGGUAAAGCCACAAAUUUGGCCCGUCGCUGCUACCGGGUUAAUACAGGCCCUAGAGUGACACAUUCAUUCUGUACAUAAUUUUAGUGCAUUUUAUUUUAUUUAGUAUUAGGUAAAGUACUCUACAACUUAUGAGUCUAGAGUGUAAUGAAAUAAAGAAUAAUUAGUUUAAGUUCAUUGGUUACAUGAAUGACGUUGCUUCCUAUGUCAUUGAUAAUAGAUGAUCUCGCCUUAUUUUCAGCCCACACAUACAUUUUAUUUGGAGUUAGUUUUUCUUAAUUGUAAUCAGAUGCAUUUAUUUUAGUAUUAGUUUGACGUACAAUUUUAGCCAUAAGUGGUGGUAGUAUACUUUGUUGCCUAAGACUUAACCUGGUAGCUGCGGGGAUUAUGUUUGUAAAAGGUCCCUCUAAGCAAGAAAAAUGAGAAAAAAUUAUCACUCGCGCAAACCAUUUCAUAAUAUAUAUCAACGCAUUUGUGAUCAGUUUAUGUAUCUUCUGUUUUUGGGGGGUUAUAUCAUGGCAAAAAUGUGGCCCGUCGCUGGUACACGGUAAAGCCACAAAUUUGGCCCAUCACUGCUACCAGGUUAACGAUAGGCUAUCUCCUUAUUAUCACUGUCUUUAAAUAUUUAGAUGCUGUUUCACGGAUAAAUAGUUUUCUUUAUUUUAUCCUUUCUCUUGUUUUUAUAAGUAAAAUUAAAAUAAAGAAAGGCUAUUAGUAACAUGCAAUACA